AUCAUAGGGAGCAUCGUGCUCAUGUGUCAGGGCGUUUUUCUUCUCUUUUCUUUUCUUUUUGUUUGGCUCGUCUAAACUUUUACAUUUACAGAAGUGUGGAACUCAAAUCAAAUCCCAAGAUUUUGUGUUUUGCGUUGGUAUGAAGAAGAUGAUCACAAUGCUGGUGCUUCUGAUCAUGAAGGAAGGAACUGAGAGCUCUGGUUGGUCAGUGACUUUUGAAAACCUAAAUCCAUGUGCUUUAAAGGGAUCGUCGGUGGAGUUCAGGUGCUCAUACAACUACAGAGACGGGGAAACUGUUAAAAAUACUUCAUGGUACAAAGGGGACUUAAAAGAUGGCAUCUGGAAACGUGUUGACCUUUCAGAUCUCCCUUCAUAUGAAAAUCGUUCUGAAUAUGUCGGUGACCAGCAACACGACUGUAGCCUUGUGAUUCAUGACCUGCUGUAUAGUGACAGUGGAUAUUACUACUUCAGGUUUGAUACGAAAACGUAUGGAUGGCGUAGUAGAAAAUCAGUGUAUCUGUCUGUCACAGAGCUGAAUGCCAGUGUGUCCCCAAAGAGAGUGAGAGCAGGAGACAAUGUGACUCUUGAAUGUAGAACAUCCUGCCAUCUCUCCAGCACAGUCUGGUUCAGAGAUGGUCACCCAGUAGCCAAACCAGAGUUCCGGGCUCGGGUAGAGGAUUCGGGACAUUAUUUAUGUGCUCUCCAAGGACAGGAGUCAGAGCAAUCUGACCCUGUGGCUCUGGACGUUCAGUAUCCUCCAUUGAAUGUGUCCAUUGAAGUGAGUCAUCCUGGCCCUCUGGCUGAGGGCAGCAGUGUGAAUCUGACCUGCAGCAGUGUGGCUAACCCUGCAGCAGACUCCUACACCUGGUACAUGAGUAAUGUUUCCAGCUCCGGCUCCAGCUCUAUGCUCCAGGUGGGCUCAGGACAGGUGUUGUCUCUGCCCUCUGUGGAGGCGUCUCACGCUGGACUCUACCUCUGCCAAGCCAGGAACAGUGUGGGGGAAAACAACUCCACUGAGUGGCUGAUGACAUUGUAUCAGACAGACAAUAGCCGUUUCAUCCUCCUUGUUAGUACUGGAGUCAAAGUUGUUAUUGUGCUGUUGCUUCCACUGGUUAUUAUCUGGGUUUGGAGGAAGAGACCUAACUCUGCUGUGGAUGAAAAGGAGCACAGCCAUGAUUAUGAAAACAUCCGCAGGGGCUAAAUCGGUAAAAAAACAAAACAGGGUUACACAGAAGGAAAUGUCUGUUUAAAGAAACUACUUAGGCAUGAUGAGAUCUGGUUACACUAGAUACGUCCCUCGGCAUUCUGGCACUAGAAUGUCUGUGGGUGAGUUGAGCAGCAAGUUUGCCGGCUUGAAAAAUGCAGCUACAUCUCUCACUUUGUCUGUCACACCAACCCUGAUGUGCGAAUAGCCUCUGUUGCCGGGACUCUUGCAGCGGUAAUAGUAAUAACAACUGUAUUAUUAUUAUCAGUCACAGUUGUCCUGGGUGAAUAUGCUUUAUUAAUUUAUUAUGACAAUGUUUUAUGCCAGUAUUUUACAUUCAUAGUCCUAAUUUGUUCAAAAAUAUUAAUUCCAUUUUGAACAGUGUUUCUGGCCUGAAAAUUGAGUUUUCUGAACAUACUUCAGUGGUGUGAAUGGUUCACUACUGCUACAGCAGACUGUAGCCAUAACCAACCCACGAUGUGCUGCCCCCUUGCACACGUACGUUAUGUUGUGGUACACUUAUAAAUGCCUUGUUACUUUCAGUCUAAUACAUUAUAGGUAUUAUUUACAUAAUUAGCGUCAGUCUUAGCCAUUAAUUAGGCUGGGGUUGGGGCUGGUUAAGGUUUAAUUUUUUUUGAUUUGUACAUUUUAGAUUUUUGUUUCACACAGUAAACUGAUCAAUAUAUGCCUCACUCAGAUAGACAUGGAAGAUUCUCAUGAUGGUAAUAAUCAGUGAUCGCUAUUCACUAAUCUUAUUUUGUAUCUCCUGAUGAAAGCUACUGAUGCCUGCAAACACAUUUCACACCUUCUGCAUAAGAACUUGCAUUUCAAAAUUGAAUGUAAA